AUCGAGGUGUUUGAGUAUCCGAUGUGGAUACCCGUCGUGCGAGUCGUGGAGGGAGGCGAACCUCCUGUGUUCAAGCAGUUCUUCAGGGAAUGGCCAGAGGAAGGCACGUCGUACGAGAACAUAGCGCCCACCAGUCCAAUCAGCCACGUUGGCGGCGUCGCGCAUGUUGAGCAGACGACCUUUGAUGCGAGCACGCUGCACGACCCCAGCAAGCAGACGGACAGUCAGUGGUGUCCGGACAACGGAUCCGGUGACAUCAAGAUCUGGGUCGUAAAGGAAGACCUGGAGCUAGGAGAAUACCCCGAGCACGCUUACGGCAUGUUCUUCGGUGGAGACUGCUACGUGAUGCUCUACACGUACAACGACGAGAGAGGCAAGGAGAACUACAUCGUUUAUUUCUGGCAGGUGAGCCAGAAAGAGAGAGAAGGGGGAGAAAGAGGGAGACAGGUUUUACAUUAUUCUUAG